AUGGUUUUCCGGCGGUUGCUGGCUGCCCUGCUGCACAACCCGCAGCUGGUGGAGCGGCUUUCCGAGUCGCGGCCCAUCCGGCGGGCGGCGCAGCUCACGGCCUUCGCGCUGCUGCAGCUGCAACUGCGCGGCCACGACGCGGCCCGCCGCCUGCGGGCCCUCGCGGAUCAGCCCCCGGGCUCCUUGGGUCGCCGCGUCGUGCGGUUCAAGGACACCUUCAGCCAGGAACUCCGCCGCCGCCUCCGGGACCGUCGAGGACCACCCCCAGGUCAUCAGAAGGGCCCGGGCGCCAACGCGUAAGCACAGACUGGGCUCUCCCGGGCCGAAGCCACGUCCCCUCCUCCCUUGAGUGACCUACACCGACCUCAGUGUUCAUGAGUUAUCUCGGGCACGGUGCACGGCUUCGAAUCCUGACUCGGAUCGUCAACAUGCAGAUGCCUACGGUCAAAUGGGCCUGUGCGUGCUGGUCCUGUGACUAGACCAGAACAUUGCAUGACUGAGAGCCAUGGAUAAACAACCAGAAAGAGCGCCUGCCUUCUACAAGCGGGACUGAAGCUGAAUGAAUGCUGCUGCAUCCGCACUGGUUCAGGAGAAUACCAGGGAAGAUGAUGGAUGGAAUGACAACCCUAAAGAUUGCCAAAAUCUGAUUAAAUAUGUAAGCUGGUGAUAAGUCUGUAGGAUCUUGCUAAUAAUAGUUAACACGUUAAGCGUCUGUGCUGAU